UCCUUACGUGCUACUAUUUGGAUUCGACUUCCGGCCAUGAAACCCUCGAUUUCAACCGGUCUCCUGCUACUCAAUGCAGUGGCUAAUGCCGCAUGUCCUUAUAUGGACGGAGGCGCCUCUUUGCGUAAGCGUGGUGAGAGCAGUGGUUCUUCUGGACUGCCCGGCGAUGACGGCUACCUGGAGAAAUUCUACGUUGAGGAUGGGAAUGGUGUGUUUACUACUACGGAUUUUGGUACCCCGGUGGAUGAUACACAUUCCCUGAAGGCUGGCGAGAGGGGCCCGACGCUCUUGGAGGACUUCGUUCUCAGGACUAAGAUUACCAGAUUCGAUCAUGAGAGGGUUCCGGAACGUGCGGGUAAGCUUUCACAUCCUGUUUUGGUGUGUUUGUAUGCUGAUGUGGUUUUGUAGUGCAUGCCCGUGGUGCCGCCGCCCAUGGCUACUUCGAGAGUUGCGCCGACUUCUCAAAUAUUACUGGUGCCUCGUUCCUCGGAGGGGCGGGGAAGAAGACGCCGGUGUUCCUUCGGUUCUCCACUGUUGCAGGAUCGAGGGGUAGCUCGGAUACCGUCCGAGAUGUUCACGGGUUCGCCUUGAGGUUUUACACCGAUGAGGGGAACUACGACAUCGUUGGAAACAACAUUCCGGUUUUCUUCAUUCAGGAUGCCAUUCAAUUUCCUGAUCUCAUCCACUCGGUUAAGGUAUGGUUUGCUCGGAGUGAUUAGCCUUUUAUGGUGCAUGAUGUUGACAUUGGCAUAGCCCCGCCCCGAUAAUGAGAUUCCCCAAGCCGGUACCGCCCACGAUUCUGCAUGGGACUUUUUCGGUCAGAACCCAUCGACUAUGCACACCCUUCUUUGGGCUCUUUCUGGUCACGGUAUCCCUCGCUCUUUCCGUCAUAUGGAUGGGUUCGGGGUGCAUACUUUCCGUUUUGUCAACGAUGCUGGCAAGUCCAAGUUGGUCAAGUAUCACUUCAAGACGAAGCAAGGUCUUGCGUCCCUUGUUUGGUCCGAGGCUUUGGUCCUCAAUGGCCAGAACCCCGACUUCCACCGCCAGGAUCUUUUCGACGCCAUCGACUCAAAGAAUUAUCCGGAAUGGGAGGUCGGCGUGCAAAUCAUGGACGAGUCUGAUGUCCUCAGAUUUGGCUUCGACCUUAACGACCCGACCAAGAUUGUUCCCGUUGAGCUGGUGCCCAUCACACCUAUCGGAAAGCUGGUCUUGAACAGGAAUACAAAGAAUUACUUUGCCGAGACCGAGCAGGCUAUGGUGAGUGAUGAUAUGAUGCGAUCUACCGCCGGUUGUCGGUUCUCUCUACGGAUGCAAUAUUAACACUGGACUAUAGUUCAAUCCCGGUCACGUUGUCCGUGGUAUCGACUUUUCCGAUGAUCCUCUCCUGCAAGGACGCUUGUUCUCGUACGUCGAUACUCAACUCAACCGUCAUGGCGGACCAAACUUUGAACAGGUCCCGAUCGUAAGUUCCCUACGAGUAUAGCUAACGGGCCUAUUACCGUUUUCUACAUCCAUCGAUUACUAACUCAAAAAUUCCAGAACCAACCCCAUAGCCCAGUGCACAACAACAACCGUGACGGUGCCGGCCAGAACAUGAUCCAUCUUAACACUGCCCCCUACACACCCAACACCCUGAACGGAGGCUUCCCCAAGCCCGCGACCCAAAACGCUGGGCGUGGCCACUUUACCGCUCCUGCGCGGAAGAUCGUCGAUGCACACUAUGUUCGCAACAUCUCGCCCACCUUCCUCGACUACUGGUCGCAACCCCGUCUCUUUUUCCAAUCCCUGGUGCCCGCGGAGCAACAGAUGGUGAUCAAUGCGGCACGCUUCGAGCUCUCGAAGGUCUCCUCGGACGCCGUGCGCAAGGCCGCAAUCGCCCAGUUCAACAAGAUCUCCAACGAGUUCGCCGCGCACGUCUGCAAGGCUCUGGGCUUGGCGCCACCGGCGCCGGAUUCCGCCUACUACCACGAUAACAAGACCUCGGGAGUUUCGACCUUUGGUAACCGGCUUCCUUCCAUUAAGACCUUGAACAUCGGAAUCUUGGUCACGACGGCUUCGCCUGCAUCGCUUGCCCAGGCCGAGACCCUUGUCAAGGCGUUUAAGGGUAAAGGCGCCGUACCCAAGGUCGUCGGGGAGUACAUCACUUCCGGAGUCGAUAUGACGUACUCGGCUACCAAUGCGGUCCUCUUCGAUGGGGUAAUUGUCGUGGACGAAACAAACAAAUUGUUCACCAAGGCCGGCGCGUCCACAUUGUUCCCUCCCCAACGGCCGACAGAGAUUGUCCGGGACGCCUUCCUCUACGGAAAACCUAUCGCCGCCAUUGGGACUGGAAAGGCCGCUUUCGAAGCGUCGAGCAUUGAUUGUGGUCAGGAGGGUGUGUACUGUGUCGACAACAAGGGUCUCUCUGGGUUGCCUGAUGCUUUCGAAGAUGGCUUGAAGACUUUCAAAUUCUUGGGGAGGUACCCGGUUGAUAAGUGAUUUUGAAGUCUUGUAAUAUAUUAUUUUUCUCUUUCAGCGGGGGUUUUUUUUAUUUUUUAUUUUAUCCAAUUCGAGUUUCGGUUUUAGUUUCCUUAUUCAUUUCACUUUUUUCUUCUUCUUUUCAAACUUUCCUGGGCCGGAAGUAAUGGUUUCUCCUCCCUCUUCGGGGGGAUUAAAUAAAAUUGGAGUCAAAGAUACGUUUUGCACGGUGUGCUUUUUCUUUGUUUGCCGUUUUGAUCCGGCAAUAUAAUAUUCAUCUAUUCCUGUACUGUACAGUUUACUACAAUUAUACCGGUAUUACUCCAGUUCUGUUUUCCGUGAAGGGAAGAGGGAAACAGAAUCCUCGUUUGACUAUCGCGGGUGAUAUCCAAUUGCGUCAAGACGGGACUCGCCGUCUGUAAAAGCGAGCGUGCGGGGUGGGUG